AUGAGAUCCGAGAAGAACAAGACAGAUGUGGAAGCACUGGAGGAAAGUGAAGAGGAGAAAUAUGUUCCCAGUGUGUCAUUCGACACCGUGCCCUUGCUUGCCGGGAUUGCUUGUGAAUGUUCAGAUGACAACCAUGAUGACCAUAUGCUGGAAUACACAGAGGACGAGUUUUACGACAACGAAGCACCUACCGAUAAUUAUGGACAUCUGGGCUACCUCAGCGAGUACGAUUUGAUAGAUUCAAAGAUAGACGGGCUGGAUGGAUUCCAUAUAGGCAGAGAUGGCCGUAUCACACGAACAGAUUAUCCAACCCGGCCCACAAUUGUGAACGAUGCGUUGGUUCUAAACAAGGCCCAUAAAGCUUGGCUGACGCUAUGGCGUCAAAGAAAGGCAUCGAUUGAUUCGAGACUGCGAUCACCUUCUGCACAUUUUGUGUUCCCCGACUUUGUGGUGCCAGCAGAAUCAAAUCCCAAGAUCACUAGUGCAAGUGGCUAUUCGCCGCUCACAAAGGAACAACGGAGACGGGCUCUUAUUAUCUCUAAGAAAGUUGGGUUUCCCAAUUCACCACGAACAAUUGUGUGCCAUAUCAGUGGCAGAAAGUAUACCUGGACUGCUCUGGACUGGCUUCUCAAACGGUUUUCCAAAGAUGUUGAUCAUCUUGUAAUAAUUGCUAACAUCCCAAAAAUGUCCAACAAUAGGUCGCGAUCCAGAUCGAGAUCCCGCUCGGCAGUAAGAAGAAGCAGAUCGGCAGCUCCUUCCAGGCCCCAUUCUGGAAAUUUCGAGACGAUGCACAGGACUUUUUCCGCAGGCCCCACCGACGAGCAAAACAGACAGCAACACGACGAAUGGCUAGAAUGGGCAUCGGGUUACGAUGCAGGUCGCAUAAAGGAGGUUUUGAAGAACAUCUUGGACUAUGUGAUGUGUAUUCUUCCAGAAAAUCGAGCCGUUAAAAUUACAGUGGAGAUCAUUAUCGGCAAGACGAAACAUAUUCUUGUGGAUAGCAUAAACGUAUACUUUCCUGAUCUGAUGGUUCUCAGCUCUGUACGGUCCGGUGAAACCGAAAGCAUGGUGAAGUGGAAGUCGAGAAGUCUGAUAGACAAAGCCUGUCAAACAUUUCCUGUGCCCAUCGUUUUGGUGCCCGUGAAGAAGCUUUUGGAUCUGGAAAGUACUGUAAGAGAUGAUCUGGAUGAGCAGAUCAAGACGAAGGCGAACGAGAAUAGUGCUCAGAUGCCUCCGUUGCAGCAUUCAAAUACAGCACCUGGAGUGCUUGAUCAUAUAGGCACUUCCGACCACUCUGUCACUGGCUCUUCGGCUUCUGAAACAGCAGAAUCCUCGCCGUUAGAGAAUGAUGUUUCUGCCGUGAGUUCCGUAUCGUCCUCACUGAAGAACAAUGCUACAACUGCGGAUUCACAGUUGAAGGAUGACUUGGUGGCCUUGCGGAGAAAAACCAAGUCGAGGAUUUUGGAUUUGGAGAAUGAUAAUUCGUUAUCCGUGGACAAACGGCUGGUUUCCGGUUUUGACGAAAUAUUGAAUUCGACCCUGAAAUUUGCUGAUCUUCUGGAUGCCUUGAAUCAAAGCACAGAAUCACUUGUUGAACUGAAGAAAGUGUUCACUGGCGAGGCCAAAAAUCAAACCCCGCGUAGCAACAGAUCUAUGCUCGACGUUGUCGACUCACCCAAAGCUUCAAGUUCCCGCCAGCAUAAGAGAAGGACUCCGGUUAAGGCCAAAUUUCAGCUUCCGUCGGCGCAAGCCAGCCAUCCUGGCUCAGCUGCAAACACCGCUAAUACAUCGAUACCAAAGGUACAGAUCCAGUUCGCGCCCGAAGUCAAGGGGAAAGAUGGCAGCAACAUGUCCGGGCGCGAUGAGAUCGAAAGAACGCUUUCCUACGACGCUACCUUAAGACCUCACUCUUCUCACGGUAUUGAGGGUGCACUCCGGGAAACAGAUUUGCGCAAAGUUCGUAGUGCGAGUGUGUUGAAGCCCACCAAGUCUGCCACUAUGGGACAGGACAUCAAAAAGAUGAGCAAAGGCUUUUUUUUCCUUUUUGGGGGUUCUGACAGCGGUGCAAACAGCGGCUCGGGUAGUCUUGCAAGCACGCCGUCUUCGAGUAGGAGAAACAGCAGUGGGAGUGAAGUGACAGGUUUAACGUUGAACACGCCAAAAAAGAAGAGAAGGUCGCGCUUUUUCGGUUUGCGGAAGUGA